GACGGUUCUAUCAACGCCUUUCGCAACGCCUUUCGACGAGAGGCUCGGUCCACAAUUACGUGCCCGGAUCCUUCAAAUUACAAAUGGAGCCUGCGGUUUAAUAAAUACGCAUUGCCCACGAGGCCCCUCUGACAAUGUAUGAGUGUGUUAGUCCACGCCAAGCAACACAGGCAACACCAACAUGCCAUCGCCCAUCGUCCCACCACCGCUCCAGCCAGGCCAGACAAUAGCCUUCGUCUCGCCCUCGGCCCGCGUAAACACCACCUUCCCCGCGGCCCUCGAACGGGCAAAAGCCCUCUUCACCUCGCAGGGCUACCACGUCCGCGAGCUCUUCACCAAAGACACGGGCAUCCAGUCCUCCAUCGCGAACCGCCUGGCCGAGCUGCGCACCGCCCUCACCGACCCGACCAUCUCGGCCGUGGUCUGCACCGCCGGCGGCACCUCCUUCACGGAGCUCCUCCCCGCCCUCCUCGCCGACGCGGACCUGCACGCCGCCGUCCGCGCCCGGCCCAAGGUCGUCGUGGGCUGGUCCGACAUCACCGGCCUGCACUGGCUCCUGCACGCCACCGCCGGCCUGCGCACCUUCUACGGGCCCUGCGCCCUCCCGGCGCUGGGCGAGCCCGCGGCACAAGACGAGGCCGAGCAUGACGGCUCCGCCCUCGCCUUUUGCCUCAGGCACCUCCUCCGCGCCGUCACCGACCCGGCGCCCCUGGGCGGCGUCGCCCGCUCGCCCACCUACGCCCCCGACCCGCCCGCCAUCCUCGCCGACCCGGCCUCCCUCGCCCGCCCGCGGCUCGCGCCCUCGGGCGGCUGGGCGUGGCUGAGGCCGGGGCGCGCCCAGGGCAGGCUGUUCGGCGGCUGCCUGAGCGUCAUGGCGCGGCUGGGCGGCGUGCGCGGGAUCGCCCCCGACUGGAGGGGCCGGAUCGUGUUCUUCGAGACGGCCCUGGGCGAGGACGACGCCUCGGGGCCCGCGCUGGACCGCGUGCGGGCCGGCCUGGCGGACCUCAUCGCCCAGGGGGUGUUUGACGACGCCGCCGGGGUGGUGGUCGGCCGGCCGUUUGGCUACGACUCGCCCGCGGCCAGGGCGCGGUAUGCCGGUGUCAUCACGGCGCUGCUGUGUGAGGGGCGCCUGGCGGGGAGGGAGUUUCCGAUCUUGUUUAAUGUGGAUAUCGGGCAUACCACGCCUAUGGUUACGUUGCCUUUUGAUGCGCUGGCUGUGCUGGAUUCUGAGAGGGAUCAGUUUAGUAUCCUGGACUCGGCACUGCAGGCGUGAGGACGGAAGGCUAGUAGAUACCUGACUCUAUAAUUAAUAUCAAUGUAGAUAUCUCAUCACCGUUCGUCGUUUGACUGCACUGAGGUUCACAACACUCCGUGACACUAUAGUAUCACCUGCUAUAGUGCUGUCCAAUUCAUAUCCAGAUAGCAGGAAAGUAG